AUGAAUCAAAAGCACCAUAACAUCAAAGGCAUCAAAGCCACUAAGGGGGUGUUUGGAUCAAAAAAUGAAAUCUACAUUCUCAUAUUUGUUGGUCGGGAAUCUCAUUCUCUUGCGAUAAGCAGAGCAAGCUAUAACGGUGUACAUUGUGAUCGAUCAUUGUUGGCAAACUUGCAUCAUUUGGCAGGACAAGAAAGUGGAGAUCAGAAUGAGAGUUCGAGUGGACCAGAUUCAGGUCCAGAUCUGAAAAAAGCUAUAAUUGUCCAUAAGCACAUUUCUCUCCAGAAAAGGAGGAAAAGCGAAAGGACUCAGGAUAGAAGGACUAGAUCUGACGCUUUGCUGAAGAAUCCUGAUAGGCGAAGACCGGCUUCAUUAGAUCUAAAUAAUGUCUCUGGUUUGUCUCCACGGUGGGGGGCUGUGAAUAAAAACUCGGUGGUGACGCGGAAAUUGGGUGCAUUUCCUAGUCCUGGGACACCCAAUUAUCAUCAUCACUCGAGCUUUGGGAUGCAGAAGGGUUGGAGUUCUGAGCGUGUUCCAUUGCACAACAAUGGUGGAAGUAGGCAGGGGAAUACUGCUGGGUUGUUGGCUUUUAACAAUGGAAGGACUUUGCCUUCAAAAUGGGAAGAUGCGGAGAGGUGGAUUUGUAGUCCUAUUUCUGUGGAAACUGGUGCAAGGCAAUCUAUUGUGGCUCCACAGAGAAGACCGAAAUCAAAGAGUGUUCCACUUGGUCCUCCAGGGAUUGCUCACUAUUCUCUGUACUCUCCAGGGAAUUUCAUGGUCGGUUCUCCUUUUUCCGCUGGCGCAAUUGCAGUUGAUGGUUUGACAACUCAUUCUCAUUACCAUGGUGGAGAAUAUGCUGUUCGGACUGAGCCUUGCAUGGCCCGUUACCUUUUCGAGGUAAAUGCCCAUCUUUAUCUAGCGAAAUUUCUGGAUGCAGAAGAAAAUCUUGAUGUCAAGGAUGCAACCACUGACAUUUCUCGAACUGUCUCUAGAAGAGACAUGGCAACCCAAAUGCGCCCACAGAGUAGUACCCACUCAUCUCCCAAAGAAAUGCCUUCUCUCUCGCCCUCCUCCUCAUCGGCUCUGCCUAUUAUGGAACUGUCAAACAUCCAUUCCUCUAAAUCAGAACUGAGAGAUGUGCCGGUAGAUGAAAGAGUCACCAUGACUAGGUGGUCAAAGAAGCAUAGCUCUCAAAACACUGGGAAGAGCACCGAAAUUGUUGAUGAUUGGAGAACAAAAGCUGUUGAUACUUGGACGACAACACGGGAUGUGACAGAGACGGGAAAGAGCAUUUCCAAGAUCAAAAGAGAAGCCAAAAUCACUGCAUGGGAAAAUCUGCAGAAGGCACAAGCUGAGGCAGCCAUAAGGAAGUUAGAUAUGAAGCUAGAAAAGAAGAGAUCGUCAUCAAUGGAUAAGAUAAUGAAUAAGCUAAGAUCAGCUCCGAAGAGGGCUCACGAAAUGAGAAGUUCGAUGCUGGCGAACCAGGCCCAUCAGGCAAAGACCUCGCAUAUGGCUAUAUCUUUCAGGAGAACCCGCCAGAUGGGUUCAUUGAGUGGUUGCUUCAACUGCCAUGCUAUUUAAUGCCUUAGCUAUCAGUUACUGGUUCAUUCAGACCAGAAAUGCUGGUUUGAAGAACAAAGAUCACUGGAGACAAUGAAUAUUGUACAGGAAGCAACUAUUACACCAACACAAAAUUGGUGUCGCUACAGUUUUGAUUGAAUGAAGCACGGCUACCUCCAUCAAAUCAGUGCAAGACCCCAAUUGUCAUGUCCUGGGACGACUUCCAUGGUUUCCUGAAUGUUUGACUAAUAAAA